UAGAGAACGACUGAGUGAGCGAAAAUUUGGACGCCAGCCGUCCGCAGUGUGUGUCUGCAGUGUGGCCCAGGAAGGAUGUACAAAUUGCUGCGCUUCCCGGGGCGGCCCGUGUGCGAGAGACUCACGUUUUGCCACAGCCACAGUGAAGCAGCCAGUAGCCCCGGUCAGGCACGUGUUGUUGUUGCGGGCGCCGGCCUGCUGGGAAACUCGGUAGCCUACCAUCUGGCUGACAACGGGUGGAACAAUGUGCUGGUGCUGGACCAGAGCAAGAUCGGGAGCGGAACGUCGCACUUUGGCUCCGGCACGAUCGGGCUGUUCAAGCCGACCCCCGAGCGCACCCUCAUCGAGGAGAGCCUGAAGCUGUACCAGAAGCUGCACCGGCAAGGCCACGACAUUGGGCUGAGAAAGUGCGGCAGUCUUAAUUUAGCGCAAACCCACGAUCGAGUGAUCGCGCUGCAGCGGCGGGCGGCGUAUAUCCUGCCAACGGGGAUGCAGUGCGAGUUAGUCGACUCGGCGACGGCCAAGAGGCUGCACCCGUUUCUACACACGGACGAUCUGCAAGGGGCGGUCUACGUGCCGGAUGACUGCAUUGCCGAUCCGGCCGCGGUCGUGCAGGUGCUGGCCGGCGAAGCCAAACGGAAAGGCGUGAAGUACUUCGAAGGGUGUCAGGUGAAAUAUAUCAACACCAAGGAUGGGCGGGUGGACUCGAUCGAAACCGACGUGGGCACGAUCAAGUGUGAGUACUUCGUGAACUGCAGCGGAAUGUGGGCCCGCGAGCUGGGGCUGAGGUGCAAACCGGCGGUCCGUGUCCCGGCCUAUCCGGCCCAACACUACUAUGCGCUAACGCCGUCCCUAAACCUGCCGACCGACGACGAUAAUCUGCUGCCCUGCGUCCGCGACUACGACGCGAACCUGUACGCUCGGCAAAACGACCAAUCGCUGCUGGUCGGUUGGUUCGAGAAGGAAGCCAAACCGGCGUUCGAUGAUACCAAAGACAUACCGAAGGCGUGGCAGGAGUACCUGCAGGAGGACUACUCGCACUGUGCACCGCUGUGGGAGAAAGCCGUCGAUCGGCUGCCGGUGUUGCGCGAUCUCACGAUGCCAGCGAUGCGGAACAGCCCCGACAAUUUCACCCCGGACGGACGCCUAAUCUUCGGGGAGUCGGCCGAGGUGAAGAACUACUUCGUUGCCUGCGGGAUGAAUGGGAACCCGCUGCAGGGUUCCGGGGGCGUAGGGAAGGCCCUGGCGGAGUGGAUCAUUAGCGGGACACCGACCAUCGAGAUGCUGCCGUUCAAUGUGCAGCGUUUCCUCGAUCUCCACAACAAUCGCCAGUACCUGCAGCAGCGUAUCAAGGAGGUGGUUGGCCGCCAAUACGCCAUCCUCUACCCGAACCAGAGUGAGUACAAGUUUUCGCGCAAACUACGCUGCUCGCCGCUGUACAGCGUGCUGGAGGCACGAGGUGCGGUGUUCGGUACUAAGAUGGGUUACGAGCGAGCACUCUACUUCGAUUCUGAGUACAGGCGAGGAGACCCGCUGCCCACCCUGCCCCAGGGUAGCUUCUACAAGCCGAAAUUCUUCCAGUUCAUGGAGAAGGAGUAUCAGGCGUGCGCUCAGCACGUCGGUAUCAUCGACAUUUCGUCCUUUUCGAAGAUUGAGAUCAAGCCGGGCAUUCAGUCCGACACGGUAUCGGGCGAAAAUGCCGUCCUGAGCUAUCUGCAGAUGAUGUGCGCCAACGACGUGAACACUUCGGUCGGCCACAUCGUGCACACGGGAAUGCUGAACGAAAGCGGCGGCUACGAGAACGAUUGCAUGCUGAUACGCCAGACGGAGGACAGUUACUUUAUGAUUUCUCCUUCGUCGCAGCAAACACGCAUCUACGACUGGAUGUCCCGCAACCUGCCGACCGAUGCGUCCGUCCAGCUGAAUGACGUCACUUCGAUGUAUACCGUGAUCAACGUGGUCGGGCCCAAGUCUACGCCGCUCAUGAGCGAGCUGUCCAAUUCGGACGUCCGGUUAGCGCCGUUCACCUACCGGAAGCUGAACGUGGGUUACGCGAGCGAUGUGAUGAUCAUGUCCUUCACGCACACCGGCAUGCCCGGCUACUGUCUUCACGUGCCGUCCGAGUACGCCCUUCAUGUCUACGAUCGUUUGAUGAGGGUCGGGCGAGACUAUGGGGUGCGCGAUGUGGGCACCUUGACGCAGCGCUUCCUGCGCAUCGACCGGUUCAUCCCGUUCUGGGGCGACGAGCUGACGAGCAUGACUACACCGUUCGAGGCGGGCGUCUUCUACUCGGUACGGCUCGAUAGUUCACAAUUGAAGAAAAAGGAAAAUUUCAUCGGCCGCCAAGCUCUGGAGGCGCAGAAACGGGACGGGCUGCGGAAGCGGUUGGUGCUGUUCCACGUCGAGGAAAUCGACAUUGAUAAGGAUGUUUGGCCGUGGGGAGGGGAACCUCUCUACCGGAACGGGGAAUUUUGUGGCACGGUCACAUCCGCUGGAUAUGGCUUCGGGUCGGAAAAACUCGUCUGCCUUGGGUACAUCAGUCGGCGGACGGGCAUGAUCACCACGGAGUUUAUCAUGGAUAAGGACGCGGUGUAUCACAUUGAUAUUGCCGGUAAGCGUUUUCGCCUAACGCAGCACGUGCAUCCGAAAGUGACGAUGGCGCACCCCACCGAACGGCAGGAUCUCCGCAAAUCGUAUCGACCGACAGUCAUGAAGGUUAAACAACAAUACCAGGGGUAACUUGCAGUUGGACGGUGCCCGACAGACCGAGCCAACAAAAGGCAUCGUCUGUUAGAACGAAUUCCUUCUCAAUCCGUGAUGAUAGCAACGAACAAGUUUUAACAAGGCUGAACAACGAAA